UUCUCUUAGACUGUCCGUUAACGUUGCUCGGAUUUGGCGAGACGAAGUUUAUUCCAAUAUGGACGGCGAUCAGAACAACAAAGUGAAGGUAGAAGCCCAACAGCAACACCUUGAAAUUCACGAAAACAGACCAAAUAAAAGACAACGGAAUGAAGGGCCUAGUAACCCUCAACAAAGAGGAGGUAGAGCAGACAACAGAGAUCGUGACAGAGGAGGUAGGCCUUCUAAUCAGAGAGGUGGAAAUAUGAGAAAAGAGAGAGAUUUCGUUAAAGAAAGACUUGCCAAUGUUAGUGGACCAACAACAAAUCUUCAGACAAAGGAAGGGGAGCCUAAAAAGUUUACUGGAAGAUGUCGUUUGUUUGUUGGUAAUUUACCUCCAAAUACGACCGAAGAAGACUUCAAAAAGAUGUUUGAACCUUUUGGAGAAACGGCGGAAGUCUUCCUCAACAAUCAGAAAGCAUUUGGUUUUAUAAAAUUGGACACAAGACAGAAUGCAGAAGCAGCUAAAGCAGCUCUAGACCUUACAGUUAAAGAUGGAAAAUCAUUACGUGUUCGUUUUGCUACUCAUGGAGCUGCAUUGAAAGUGAAAAACUUGACACCUUGGGUAUCUAAUGAGUUGUUGGAAGCUGCAUUUUCAAUUUUUGGAGAAGUAGAAAGGGCAGUGGUUAUUGUGGAUGAUAGAGGUCGACCAGUGGGUGAAGGAAUUGUUGAAUAUUCUCGAAAGUUGGCAGCUCAGGCAGCCUUAAAGAGAUGUACAGAUGGCUGUUUUCUUUUAACAAGCUCUCCUCGGCCUGUUUUGGUUGAGCCACUAGAACAGAGAGAUGAAGAAGAUGGGCUUCAGGAAAAGACUUUUGUGAAGAACAGCAAGCAGUACCAGAAAGAGAGAGACAUUGGUCCCAGAUUGGCAGAACCAGGUUCUUUUGAGUACGAGUAUGCAAUGAGAUGGAAGAAAUUGUAUGAUUUGGAAAAGCAAAAGAGAGAGAAUCUGGAGAAGGAGAUUUUAGAAGCAAGACAACAAUUAGAAGACCAAAUGGACUAUGCAUUUUAUGAACAUGAAACAAAUAUGCUGCGAGAAAAGCUCCGUCACAUGGAAGAACAAAGCAACAUUAUUCAGAGGGAAAGAGAAAUGAGGCGGGAAGAAGAAAGACGACGUGAAGAGCAGAGAAGACAGGAAGAAAUGAUGAUACGUCAGCAACAGGAAGAACUUUUACGCCGUCGAACUGCUGAGGAGAUGCGACGCAUUAGAGAAGAUAACUUAAUGUUGCAGUACUUUCACAAUCAAGAUUCAACAAUGAAACAAGAGGUUGCUAUUCGUCAAAUGCAUGGAGGAAUGUCUGUUGCUGGACAGGGCUUAAAGAAUGAAAUGAAUGAUAGUAUCAGUGGUGGGAACAUGGGAGGUUAUGACAUAAGUCCAAGUGGUGCUGCAGGAAGUGGAGGUCCAGGUGGAAUGAUGCAAGGUCCAGGAGCAAUGGGAAUGGCUGGGCGCCAAUCCCGUUUUGAUCAACCCCCUCCCAGCCACCACAUUGGGGGAGACAUGAACAUAGGAAACCCCAUGAAUCAUGGUUCUGGGCCCCAUCACAUGGGUGGUGGAGAAAUGGGUGGAAUGAGGGGUGGAGUGGGUGGUGGUCCCCGAGAAAUGCAAGGAGGUCCGCGUGAACACAUGAUGGAUCAAAGAGGUCCCAGAGACGACUACGGCAUGGAGCCUAAGAGGCGAAGAUAUUGACCAGUUGAUUUUGAGCCCCUUGAACUUUCUAUUUAAUGUUUGUGUGAUUUGUGAACUGCAACCUGUAGUAGAUGCAGCCUCAUUAUGAGCUGCCAUUUAUUGUUAUAACCAUGUUUGACAAGCGCAUUAUGUGUAAUUAUUACGGUUAGCAUUUUAAAUUCGUAGAGAAGUGUAUGAUCGUCUUUUUCAUUGAAUUAUAUUACGCUGUAAUGUUUUCUUCUGAAUCAUUGUAAGUUGUAAGGGGUUAUCUAUUUUAAACUUGUAUUGUGGUGUAACAAAUAAAUAGUGUCGGUGAACUGGUA